CAUUCAUGUACAGCUCCCCUAGCCUCUCCGUAUAAAAUACGUUUAAUUUUCAAAAUUUUAUACCGAUUUAUAUAUAUAUAUAUAUAAUAAAUGAGAUUUAUAGAGAAUCCCAUUUCAUGAUGCUGGGACAUGCAAUUUGUGGCGCUCUUUCAAUAUAAUUGUCGUUUUUUAUUUUAUUUCGUUGUUUCAAGAAUAUCUGGAAGGAUAUCUUCAGAGAUAUACCCUUUGGUUUCGAAGGAAGUUGGUGUUUGACUUUGAUACUGAGAGGGGGUUUGUUCGAUCCUUCGAGCUUUUGAUCAUAUUUUUAUGAGGUAUGAAACAGUAUUUGGUAGAUGAUAUUGGAUGUAUGGUUGUUUCUGGAUCUAGCAGUUGUUAAUUGGAUCAGAGGUUUUUAAGAUAUCAAUGGAGGUGAAAUUUGAUUCUUCACUGUUUAUAUUUUAACAUAGAAAUGUGAAUUUCAAAGGGAUUUUGGUGGAAAAUCUUGAUUUUUGAACAUUUGUUGGGGCUGAAGGAGGAGGAGGGAAAGAAUAGUAAAUAAUACUAGGGCAUUAAAGUAGGUGAAGAUGGAUGAAGAGGUUAGCUCUUGGAUAAGGAGAACCAAGUUCUCUCACACGGUUUGCCAUCGGUUAGAUUCUUCUUUAUUGGCCUCUGUUCCUUUCUCUGCUCAGCCAGAUAGAUUUCCAGGUGCCAAAUCUAGGCCUAGAGCAGUCACCAUGAAUCCAAAACCAGGAGGCACAGUCACUCAAGUUGAGCGAAGCCCUGCAACAAACAAGCCGAGGGCUUUAUCACCCCUCCCCGAAAUGAAGGUUUCUGACACCUUUAAGGAAGCUAGGUCUAGUCAGAAGAGAUUCUCGACUCCACAUCCACAAAGAAAAGAAUCCGAUAAGAGAAUUGUUGGCAAGUUGUUUCAUAAAGAUUCCCAUGAAAGCAAGUCAACAAAAUUGAAAAUUCCUGGUUCAAAGUUUCCAGUGAAUGCCAGUCCCCUUAAGCACUUCACAUCAAUGAAAUUUCAUGAGAAGUCUAAGGUUCGUAAGGAUGGCUGGACAAAGUAUUUUGAUCAUGGUGUGGGGAGGGUCAUCUCUGUAGAAACUGCGGAUGAUAGCAUGAUUGAUCUUUCUAAGUUAUUUCUUGGGCGUAGAUUUGCUCAUGGGGCUCACAGUCAUCUUUACCAUGGGGUCUACAAUGAUGAAACAGUUGCGGUGAAAAUUAUCAGAGUACCAGAGGAUGACGAAACUAGAGCCCUGGAUGUACGGUUGGAGAAUCAGUUUGCAAGGGAAGUUACUCUCUUGUCCCGUCUCCACCAUCCAAAUGUUAUAAAGUUCAUAGCAGCAUCCAAAAUGCCACCUGUAUUUUGCAUUGUGACAGAAUAUUUAUCAGAGGGUUCUUUGAGAGCAUACUUGCACAAGCUUGAGCAUAAAUCUCUUCCAUUGCAAACAUUACUGUCAAUGGCUUUGGAGAUUGCUAAAGGAAUGGAGUACAUUCACUCACAGCACGUUAUUCAUCGGGACCUUAAACCAGAAAAUAUACUCAUAACCGAAGAUUUUCACCUGAAAGUUGCUGAUUUUGGUAUAGCUUGUGAUGAAACGCACUGUGAUCUUCUGGCAGAUGACCCUGGUACUUACCGUUGGAUGGCACCCGAGAUGAUCAGGCGGAAGCACUAUGGUCGGAAGGUCGAUGUAUAUGGAUUUGGACUCAUAAUAUGGGAAUUUGUGUCUGGAACUAUCCCUUAUGAAGAUAAGACGCCUAUUCAAGCUGCUUAUGCUGUUGUGAGCAAGAACAUGAGACCUGUUAUCCCUGGGGGCUGCCCGUCGGCCCUGAAAGCUUUGAUUGAACAAUGUUGGUCUGUGCAACCAGACAAGAGGCCCGAGUUUUGGCAGAUCGUGAAGGUAUUAGAGCAGUUCCAGUCUUCACUUGCCCAAGAUGGAACCCUGAGCCUGGUACAGAACCCGGAAUAUCGUGAUCAUAAGAAGGGACUACUUCACUGGAUUCAAAAACUUGGUCCUACAGAUCAUAUUUCUUCAUCCAUGCCUAAACCUAAAUUUAUCUGAUUUUCUAGAUUAUCUGCUUUUAUAGUUUCACCAGAUCCCAGUGUAAUUAACAAGUUAUAUAAAGCUUUUUUUCUUUUACUUUUCUGUUCCCCCGUGGACAGAAAUGAAUAAUUAGAUCGUAGGCAUGCUACAGAAAAUGCAGUCAUCAGUUUUGGACAUGAUUGUAUUUUUCUUUCUUCUUUGUCCCCCUUUCGUUAGAAGUAAUUUGAGUGACAGAUACAUGGAAUCUUAUUAUUUUGUACAUGGCGUAUUCCCAUUC